AUGGACGAUUCGUUUUACUUUUUGCAUAAUGAAGAAGAAUCAGAGCAAGUGAAGGAAGCUAAAUUUGAGCUUCACAACGCUCUAAAGAGAAACAGAGCACGGACAAAUAGAACAAGUAAACCUAUGAGGGAGUCCUCAAAUGUAAUUCCCCUUGUCGAAAAGAAAACGCAGAAUUUGACUGGAAUGAAAGAAAUGAAUGCAUUUAUCUGUGGAGCGAAAACUACGCAGAAUCAGCCAGCAGUCUUUAAGGUGACAAAGGGGGGGAAGGCAGGCCAUUUUUACGGAAACAACGAUAGUGCUACUAACAAUAAUGGUAGUAAUAAUAAAAACAGUGGUGGUAAUAAUGACAGUAAUGUGUUAAUGGACCACUCGGAAGAGAACCAAAAAUAUCAAAACGCCAUCUCUAAAAAUAAUGAAUUAUUUAAGGAGAAAGGAGCUGACUGUGCAAAAGCAGGGCGAUCGAGGGAAGCUGGAAUGGGUAAACAUGGAAAGGACCAAAGAAAAGCAUACAGCCCAGAGGAAGGAGGUAAAAACGGUACUACUAUAGCCGGUACUAUUACAGAUGGUACUGCUGCUUUAGAUCCCACGGCUAACAACCUUAGUGAUAACGGACACAACAGCACAGGUGGUAGUGUUAAAUCUGAUAGAGCUGGUACCACAGGCGAAAGGAACAAAAGAAAAUGGGUCAACGAGUCUGAAGAAAGCACAGGGAAAAAAAAAUCAAAACAUGAAUAUGAAAAUAUUAGUAAGCAAAGGAGUUGCUCUAUAGGAGAUAAGACUGUUAUUUCGAUAAAUUCAGAGAAUAGAAUAUUAUCUGAUAUUAGUGAAUUCUCUAGUUCGCCAAUGACUGACUAUUCUUCAUCAACGAAUUACUUAUCGAGUAAUCCAAAACAGGAGCAAUACAUGUCAACGGAUAAGAAAAAGACUCCCUUUUAUUCUUUAUCACCUGGAAAUAAAAAAGAGAAUGACAGAGAUGUAAGGGGUUUAAACAAAGUAAAUGCGUUUGGAGGUGUGAAGGGGUGGAAAGGAAAAGGGCAAAAAAGUAGUGCACACAAUACGGCCGACAGAAAUUGUGGUAGUAAUGGUAAUAAUGGCAACAGUGGCAAUAGUGGUAAUAGUGGUAAUAGUGGUAAUAGUGGCAAAAGUAGCUGGAGUGGAAAAAGUAGCCGUAGUAGAGACAGAGCUAAGGAAAGAAUGAACAAGCUAAUGGGAAAAGAUAAAAAAAUUCUAAGUAAAUUUAGAAUGAACUACAAUAGACUGACAGAGGGAGAACAGAAAUAUUACAAAUACAUGAUGAAAAAGCUAAACAUAAGAUAUGAUUCAAGGAAACAUGUCUUUUACACAGAUGGUAUGUUUACUAAAAAUUUUGCAAAAAUAAUGGAAAAAGAAAGAGGUAAUUAUGAUUAUCUAGGUUAUGUUGAGUAUGCAUGUUUUUAUAUAUUAGAAUGGCUAACCCCAACAAAGGAAGAAAAAUUAUUGAAAGAAAAAGCCUUAAUGAAGUUAGAAGUAGUCGUGAAAUCAAUUUUUUCCAAAGCUCGAAUGGAAGUAUUUGGAUCAUUUGUUACUGGUUUAUCUAUUCCUGGAAGUGAUGUUGAUGUUUGCUUUAUGAAUAUAGAUGGAGAAGAGAUUAAUAUUUUGAAUAUAAUUGCUUAUACAUUAAUAAAAUUAAAUAUGAACACAGAUAUAAGAAUAAUUAAAGAUGCUAAAGUUAAGAUAUUGAAAUAUACAGAUAAAGAAACAGGUGUACAAGUAGAUAUAUGUAUUAACCAAAAAUCUUCAAGAGAGACUACAGAAUUUAUACAAAAUAAAAUGAAAGAGUACGUUUAUUUACGACCAAUAGUUUUGCUUUUAAAAUUUUUUCUAAAUACAAGAAGUUUAAAUGAAACAUAUACAGGAGGUAUUGGAUCAUUUCUUUUAUGUUGUAUGGUAUUGCAUUUUCUUCAAUUACAUGAAUCUACAUUUGAUACAACUGUUUAUAAUAACACGUAUAUAGCAAAACUGCUUAUCGAAUUUUUUAAUUUCUAUAGUAUUGAUUAUAAUAUUAACUAUAAAUGUUCUGUACUAAGAGGGUUAGGUCAUGUUAUGCCAAGAUAUAUGAGAAAAGAAUUCCAACAUGACAAUCGUCUUUGUUUUGAAAAUCCAGUUAAUCCAUCUCAUAAUAUAGGACAGAAUGCCUAUAAAAUUAGAUAUAUCUUUAAUUUAUUUACUCUAAAUUUCUGUACCCUAAUAGAACUAAUUAAAAGAUUAAAGAAGAGCAAGAACUUUACUACUCAUAACAGGGGUCAGAAGCACACACGCCAGCAGCAAAAGGACGAGGCAAUAAGGGCAACUAGUACAUGUGUCGGGGAAAAUAACACGAAUGCAAAUAGUACAUACGUGGACGGAAACAAAAUGAACGUUAAUUUUAUCUUCCCCCUAUUUUUUGCAAACUUUAUUAAUUCUGACCAUAUUGUUUUUACAAAAAGGGUUAAGGCAAACUUCCCAGCAGCUGACUGGAACAUCAACCACUUUGAUUUUGCUUUUUCGAAAGAGGAAAAAAAUAAAUUAUUUGAGAUGCUUUGUGAAGACUUAUCUACAUUUUUAGAUAACAGCAGCUCUUGCCGUAUGGUCGAUUUGUUUUCAACCAUGGACGGAAUGUUUUCCUUUUCCUUCGACGUGUACAACAAUAUAUUCAAGCACGCAUAG